GCGGGUGACGCGUUUUGCGCAUUUCCUGCAGCUCGCGCUCACUCACAGAUUCAGGAGAGAGAAAGAGAGGGGACGGGAAACGGAGGGGGCGCGCGCAAGGACCGAAAGGAGGAAAAAAAAAGCCCUAACGGGAGCGGAGCACCGUGAUGUAUCUGGGGUGCUCGUGAGCCCGAAAAAGACUGCAUUGAGGGGGGCACUGCUUUCCGAGAGUACGCGCAAAUAUCGCGGUACCGUGAGGUCGAAGCAAGGAGAUUAUCCCAGAGAAGAGCGAGCGAGGGGCUGGAAACGGAGCACCAAUCCCGGAUGGCUAGGCGCGGCUGCUCGCGCUCUCUCCCACCCUGACCCGGGAGGGACACACCAGGACCGUGGGGAGGCUCCGGGGCUUCGCGUGAACCCAACCGGGGCUCGUUAACCCGCAUUCCCCCUCGCUGCCGUUUCACAUAUCGGCCUGUUUCCGCCGAAACGGGAAUCUUGUGUGGCGCACGGGACCGACCGUAAACAAACAAGGCAGCCGCUCGGGUGGGAGAGUGUUCAGCAGGCGACCUCUGAAGGGUGUGAGUCUGCGUUGUUGCUGCAUUUUACAGAUCAGCUGUACUGUAAGCGUGUGUGUGUGUGUGUGUUCUGUGUGUGUGUGUGUGUGGAUAACAUAGUGUUCAGAUAUGGCUGUACUAGAGUGAGAGUCCAAGGAGCCAGCGGCAUUAUGGGAUGUAGCAGGACUGUGCAGUGACCCCGCUCAUUGGAAGGAAACGCUCUGUGUACAGGAGCAGGAACAGGCAGACUAGCCUAAACACACACACACACACACACACACACACACACACACACACACACACACACACACACAUCCCACCAGCCUGCAGCCAUGCCUGUGUUCAGUGGCCUGUUGAAGGUGCGAGUGUGUGAGGCAGUGGACCUGAAGCCCACACCAUGGGCCCUGCGUCAUGCAGUGGGGAAGAGUGGCUCCUUCCUGCUUGACCCUUACCUGGCCCUUAAUCUGGACCAGACCCGGCUCGGCCAGACCGCCACCAGGACGAAGACCAACAGCCCCGCCUGGCACCAGGAGUUCUGCACUGAGGUCCGAGAGGGAAGGAGCCUGGAGCUGUCCGUUUUCCACGAUGCGCCCAUUGGAUACGAUGACUUUGUGGCCAACUGCACCAUCCAGCUGGAGGACCUGCUGCAGAACGGGACCAGGCACUAUGAAGACUGGAUUGACCUGGAGCCAGAGGGGAAGGUGUACGUGGUCAUCGAUCUGUCCGGAUCCUCCACUGAAGCCACGGGGACCAAUGAGAAUGAGGAGCGGGUGUUUCGAGAGAGGAUCGGUCCUCGCCGGCGACAGGGCGCCGUCCGAAGACGCGUCCAUCAAGUCAAUGGACACAAGUUCAUGGCCACCUACCUGAGACAACCAACCUACUGCUCACAUUGCAGAGAUUUUAUCUGGGGCGUGCUGGGGAAGCAGGGAUACCAGUGUCAGGUGUGUACGUGUGUCGUCCACAAGCGCUGCCAUGAGCUCAUCAUCACCAAGUGUGCCGGGAUGAAGAAGCAGGAGGACACACCUGAGGAGGUGGGCUCACAGCGGUUCAGUGUUAACAUGCCCCAUAAGUUCAGUAUCCACAACUACAAGGUCCCCACCUUCUGUGACCACUGUGGCUCCCUGCUGUGGGGCCUCAUGAGGCAGGGCCUGCAGUGCAAAGUGUGUAAGAUGAAUGUGCACAGGCGGUGUGAGACCAAUGUAGCUCCUAACUGCGGUGUGGACGCCCGAGGGAUCGCUAAGGUCCUGUCUGACCUGGGAGUCACGCCUGACAAGAUCUCCAACACCGCACAGCGCAGGAGGAAGUUGACUCCAGGGCAGGACCCUCCCCAGUCUCCUCCUGAGCUCUCCCAGACUGAGGAGAACAGCUUCAGCCAGCCAGCUGUCCCCACCUCCCCCUCCCAGCAGGACUUGGCACAGUUAGAACGCCUGCAGGACGCGCUGUCACUCGACCAGCAGGGACCCCAGCACUCCUCCUCCUCCUCCUCUUCCUCCUCCUCCACCACCUCCUCUUCCUCCUCGUCCUCCUCCUCCUCGGCAGGCAGGGAGAACGGACAGAUCCAGAGGAGGAGCCUCAAGGACUUCAACUUUAUCAAGGUUCUCGGCAAAGGCAGCUUCGGCAAGGUGAUGCUGGCAGAGCUGAAGGGGACGGAGGAAGUUUACGCCGUCAAAGUUUUGAAGAAGGACGUGAUCCUGCAGGAUGACGACGUGGACUGCACCAUGACCGAGAAGCGCAUCCUGGCCCUCGCCCGCCGACACCCCUACCUCACCCAGCUUUACUGCUGCUUCCAGACACGAGACCGUUUGUUUUUUGUAAUGGAAUAUGUGAACGGAGGAGACCUGAUGUUCCAGAUUCAGCGAUCCAGGAAGUUUGACGAGCCUCGCUCUCGUUUUUAUGCCGCCGAAGUCACCUCAGCCCUCAUGUUCCUGCACCGCAACGGGGUCAUCUACAGGGAUCUGAAGCUGGAUAACAUCCUGUUGGACGCAGAGGGACACUGUAAGCUGGCAGACUUCGGCAUGUGCAAAGAGGGCAUCAUGAACGGAGUGACCACCACCACCUUCUGUGGCACGCCAGACUACAUCGCCCCUGAGAUCCUGCAGGAGCUGGAGUACGGAGCCUCCGUGGACUGGUGGGCCCUCGGGGUGCUGAUGUAUGAGAUGAUGGCUGGACAGCCUCCGUUCGAAGCCGACAACGAAGACGAUUUGUUCGAGUCAAUUCUCCAUGAUGACGUCCUGUACCCCGUGUGGCUCAGCAAAGAAGCUGUUUCUAUCCUCAGAGCGUUCAUGACCAAGAACCCGGCCAAGCGUCUGGGCUGCGUGGUGAGCCAGGGCUGCGAGGAGGCCAUCAAGACCCACGCCUUCUUCAGAGAGAUCGACUGGGUCCUGCUGGAGCAGAGGAAAGUCAAACCACCCUUUAAACCAAGGAUUAAAACCAAGCGAGAUGUGAAUAACUUUGACCAAGACUUCACCAAGGAGGAUCCCGUGUUGACGCCCACGGACGAGGCCAUCAUCCGACAGAUCAACCAGGAGGAGUUCAAAGACUUCUCCUACUGCGCCCCCGAGGAGACGCAGACCUAACACUUACAGACACACACACACACACACACACACUGAUCCAACAACACUAAACCUGGCACGCACGUACGCACACAUUGCUGACACUCAUACAUGUGUAGAACCAUCAAUCCCUUUACAAGACACACACACACACACACACACACACACAUGCACACACAAUCACUCCUUUACUUUGAAGCUAUUGGUUGUUGUUACUUUUUGGAAUAUUCUUUACUUGCAUUGUGUUGUUCUUGUUGCCUGGGUUAAUUAUGAAUAUAAAUAUGAAUAUGACUAUGAAUAUGAAUAUAAACACCUGCACAUGCUGUCAUACACACACACACACGCACACACACACACGUUGCACACUUUUAAUGCAGACACACCCACACACACUACAAUCCCGAGUUUUGCUCCAACACAAACACUCUCACUGCACAUGCUCAGACAACCGAACACAUACACACACACACACACACACACACACACACACACACACUUACACUGCUUCUCUCCCCAGCACCAGGACUGUACAGUGGGUGCUGGGUGCAGAGGCCUGUAUAUAGCCUGUGUUGAGUGGCUGUAUUGUGUUGGUAUUGUCUGCUAGUAAAGGAGAGUCGUGGCGCAUGGACAAGCACCCUACCUGUGUUAUUACUGUCCUUAUUCUGGACCGGUUAGGGCCAAAUACCCUUUGUGCAAUACCCUGACUAUCUAUAUAUUUUAUUUGUUUUGUUCAUGUAUUAUUUUUGUGUGUGUGUUUUUUUUCCUCAUUUUUUUUCUUUGUUGUUGUUGUGGUAUGAAUGAAGUCUCGCGCUCAUCUACAACGGAGUGUUAGAGCCACAAUGGAAAAAAAAAGAUUUUUUAUUUUGAGAAUAAAAUCAUGAUAUCACGAGAAUAAGUUGUAAUUUUGAGGGGAAAAAGUCGGAUUAUGCGAAUAAGUUGUAAUAUAAUGAGAACGAAGUCACACUAUUUAAAAAAAACAAAACAAAAAACAGUGGUAAUAUUACGAGAAUAAAGUUGUAAUUUAUUGGAAAUUAAGUCGUACAAUUUCAAGAAAAUAAAAGUUGAAAUAUUACAAGAAUAAAGUCGUAACUAUUGUAGAUAAAGUCGUACAAUUUCAAGAAAAAAAAGUUGUAAUAUUACAAGAAUUAUAGCCGUAAUUUUGUGAACAUAAAGUCCAAAAAUUUCAUGGAAAAAAAGUUGUAAUAUUACGAGAAUAAAGUUGUAAUUUAUUGACAAUAAAGUCAUACAAUUUUAAGAAAAAAAGUUGUAAUAUUGCAAGAAUAAAGUCGCAGUCUAUUGACAAAGUCGUACAAUUUUAAGAAAAGUUGUAAUAUUAUGAGAAUAGUCGUAAUUUAUUGACAAUAAAGUCAUAUAAUUUCAAGAAAAAAAGGUUGUAAUAUUGCAAGAAUAAAGUUGUAAUCUAUUAACAAAGUCGUACAAUUUUAAGAAAAAAAGUUGUAAUAUUACAAGAAUAAAUUCGUAAUUAUUGACAAUAAAAUUGUACAAUUUCAAGAAAAAAAGUUGAAAUAUUAGGAGAAUAAAGUCGUACAAUUUCAAGUAAAAAAAAAGUUUUAAUAUUACGAGAAUUAUAGCCAUAAUUUUGUGAAAAUUAAGUCCAAAAAUUUCACGGAGAAAAAAAAAAAAAAGUCAUUUUAUGAGAAUAAAGCUGUAAUUGUUAUUAUGUCAUUAUGACCUUAUGACCAAAUUACAGCUUAAUUUUUGUAAUAUUACGACUUUUUUUUCUUGAAGUAGUGUGACUUUAUUCUUAUGGAACUCCGACUUUAUUUCCGCAAUUCUUUUUUCAUGAAAUUGCAGCUUUAUUCUAAAAUUAUUUAUUUUUUUCAAAAUCAUGGGACUUUAUUCUCAUUAUGACUUAUUUCUCAAAAUUACAACUUUAUUCUCGUAAUAUUAUGACUUUUUUUUUUUUUAAAUAGUGUGACUUUAUUCUCAUUAAAUCGCAGCUUUAUUCUUGUAACAUUGUGACUUUUUUUCUCAAAGUGAUGACUUUAGUCUCGUAAUAUCACUACUUUUUUCCUUGAAAUAGCAUGACGUUAUUUUAAUUAAAUUAUGACUAUUUUUUUUCUUCAACGUGGCACUAAUUCUCCGUCGUACUCAUCCUCCUCCUGUCUCGUGUAUAUAAAAUGAAUGUUGAGCUUACAAGUUACAGGCUAUGGAACUAAUUAUGUGGAGCAGAGUGUUACAGGCGGCCUGUGUAGCAGCGUAAAGCCCGAUUUCCACUUCUUUCAUCUGUCUGCUAAUUUCAGAGUCUGUCAGUCGUGCCGGCGUGAAUGUGCUGGCCUGUGGGCGUUGGGGUUUUUUUGUUUGUUUUUUAUGUGAAUGAACAUUUUCAUAUGUGUGAAUGCAUGAUUUUUCUUUCUCCCUGUUGGUGUGUGACUUCGUCCUCAGCAUUUCUGUUUCUAUAGUUACCAUCAGUGUUUUCAGCCCUCCCUCCCUCCUCUUCCUUCCCCUCUCCUCCAAAGCACCGAUUCCCCUUUCCUGCCUCCAGCAGCUGUCUCACUCAGCCAAAACCACUUGCUUUUCUGACUUUUGCUUUUUUUUCAAGAAUGGCUUUUCUUUCUUAUUGCUCUGUUUUUUAUCAUAGCUAUUAUUAUUAUUAUUAUUAUUAUUAUUAUUAUUAUUAUUAUUAUUAUUGUAAAGUGUAUCUGGAGGAAAUCUUUGUGUAAAAUACUAUAACUAUACUAUCAUAGGUCUGUUACAGCCGGGGCGAAGAGAAAUGUGGAAAACCAGCAGCUGAAUUACCUCUCAUUUCAAACACACACACACACACACACACACACACACACACACAAACAAACAAAAAACCUACCCACACACAGACUCUCUCCUUUGCCUCCUCCCUCUUCCUCUCUCUUCUUCUGUCUUACAGACACACACACAUGCACACACAGAGAAGGACUGUUGUCGCGUGUACUGUACAGUGAUUCUGAAGGCGAGCUGGUUGCUCUGUGUGCAGUAGAGUCGGUGUGUAGUGAAGCUUUGUGCACCCAGGGGUAGGGCUGUUCCUGGUCACACUAUCAUACUCUGUGCCAAAAUGUAGUGCAACAGCCAGGCUAGUCCUGUCUGGUCUGAUUCCAAUAAAACACUGAGCUGUCUACAUCACUCCCAGACUCCUCUGCGUCCUCUUUCCCUCCUCGCUCUUUCUCUUUUUCUUUUCUUU